CUUUUCCCAUUCCUCCAACUUUACUCCACUUACACUUUAUAAUUGAAAAUUCCUAAAUCCAAAUUAUUUCAAUUUGCUCUUUAUCUUCAUAACCACACAACAACAUAAAUAUAAACCAUUUCUCAUUGUUCUUGUUCUAUUCCAACAUCUACAUCACUCAUCAUGGCUUCAAGAGUAGCUUUGUUGAUGUUUUUGUGUGUUCUUCCUGCUAUGGUUUCAGCUAUUCGUCCAGCAAAGAAUCCUUUCUGUUUGAAGGGUCAUGUUGUAUGUGAUCCUUGCCGUGCUGGUUAUGAAACCUCUGCUGUCACUCACAUUGCUGGUGCUGAGGUUCUCCUGGAAUGCAAAAAAAGGGUUGGCGCUGAGGUUGUGUUCACAACGAAAGCGGAGACUGACUCAACUGGAGAAUACACAAUCUAUGUGAAUGAGGAUCAUAAAGACCAGGUCUGUGAUGUGAAGCUAGUAAGCAGUCCUCAGAAUAGUUGUAACGAAGUCGUACCAGGACGUGACCAAGCACGUGUUAUUCUCACCAGAUACAACGGCAUUGCCUCUAAUGAUAGGUAUGCCAAUGCCAUGCUAUUCAGGGCAAAUGAAGUUGCUUCUGGGUGUGCUGAGAUCCUCAAGCAAAUGCAGGAGUUGGAAGAAGACAAUUAAAUAAUUAAAUCCUAGUUUAUUUACUUUGGAUUUCCUAAUGUCUAUUUGAUUUAAUCUUGAUGAUGGAGUGUUAACUCAGCAUUCAGUUUAUAUGCUUAUGCUAUGGACCAUCUUAAAUUAUAUUAUUUCUUUAAGAUUA